GAAGCCCCGAGCGAACGUCUUUAUCACUACGUGCGUCAAUUGCGUAAAUGUUCCCGUUAUCGUGGGCAGACGCGCGCAUGCUCAUUCUCAGGGGGAGUGAGAGGAGCAUGAAUGGAGCAAAAUGGCGGAUCAUGUGCAGAGCCUAGCCCAGCUAGAGAUCCUGUGCAAACAGCUAUAUGAGACCACAGACACCACCACACGUCUACAGGCCGAGAAAGCUCUGGUGGAGUUCACCAACAGUCCCGACUGUCUGAGUAAAUGCCAGUUGUUGCUGGAAAGCGGAAGUUCCUCGUACUCCCAGUUGUUGGCUGCAACGUGUCUCUCCAAGUUGGUGUCUCGUACGAGCAACCCACUUCCCCUGGAGCAGCGCAUUGACAUUCGAAAUUAUGUUCUCAAUUAUCUGGCAACCCGACCAAAGCUUGCUGCCUUCGUGACACAAGCCCUGAUCCAGCUCUAUGCCAGAAUCACCAAGCUUGGCUGGUUUGACUGCCAAAAGGAAGAUUACGUCUUCAGGAAUGUCAUUGUCGAUGUGACAAGAUUCCUGCAGGAUAGUGUUGAACACUGCAUCAUAGGAGUUACAAUUCUGUCCCAGUUAACCAAUGAGAUCAACCAAGCGGACUCAACACAUCCACUUACAAAACAUAGAAAGAUUGCAUCAUCGUUUCGAGAUUCCUCCUUGUUUGACAUUUUUACCCUCUCCUGCAACCUCCUCAAGCAGGCAUCUGGGAAGAACUUGAAUCUAAAUGAUGAGAGCCAGCAUGGGCUACUCAUGCAGCUACUCAAACUGGCCCACAAUUGCCUCAACUUUGAUUUCAUCGGCACAUCCACCGAUGAGUCCUCAGAUGAUCUGUGCACCGUCCAGAUCCCCACCAGCUGGAGAUCAGCCUUUUUGGAUUCUUCAACCUUGCAGCUGUUUUUUGAUUUGUAUCAUUCCAUCCCUUCCUCGCUGUCUCCCUUGGUUUUGUCUUGUCUAGUCCAAAUAGCGUCUGUCCGGAGGUCUCUCUUUAACAACGCAGAGCGAGCCAAGUUCCUCUCCCUUUUAGUAGAUGGUGUGAAGAGGAUAUUGGAGAACCCUCAAAGUUUGUCGGACCCAAACAACUACCAUGAGUUCUGCCGACUACUGGCUCGACUUAAGAGUAACUAUCAGCUGGGAGAACUGGUUAAAGUAGAGAACUACCCCGAGGUCAUAAGACUGAUUGCUAACUUCACCGUAACUAGUCUGCAGCACUGGGAGUUUGCCCCCAACAGUGUGCACUAUCUGCUGAGCCUGUGGCAGCGGUUGGCGGCAUCUGUUCCUUAUGUGAAGGCCACAGAGCCCCACAUGCUGGAGACCUACACCCCUGAGGUGACCAAGGCCUACAUCACAUCCCGCCUAGAGUCCAUACACAUCAUUCUGAGGGAUGGUCUUGAAGACCCCUUGGAUGAUGCGGGCUUGGUUCAACAGCAGCUGGACCAGCUGUCUACUAUCGGCCGGUGUGAGUAUGAGAAGACCUGCGCACUGCUGGUCCAGCUCUUCGAUCAGUCGGCCCAGUCAUACCAGGAGCUGCUGCAGUCCACCAACUCCAGCACAAUAGACAUAGCAGUGCAGGAGGGUCGCUUGACAUGGCUAGUGUACAUUAUUGGCGCAGUCAUUGGAGGAAGAGUAUCCUUCGCCAGCACUGAUGAGCAGGAUGCCAUGGAUGGGGAGCUUGUUUGUCGAGUUUUGCAGUUAAUGAACCUCACAGACUCACGGCUGGCUCAAGCAGGAAAUGAGAAGCUUGAGUUAGCCAUGCUCAGUUUCUUUGAGCAGUUUCGCAAAAUCUACAUCGGUGACCAGGUGCAAAAAUCAUCAAAGUUGUAUCGAAGACUAUCAGAGGUUCUUGGCUUGAAUGAUGAGACCAUGGUACUCAGUGUUUUCAUUGGGAAAAUAAUCACCAACUUGAAGUACUGGGGACAGUGUGAACCAAUCACAUCUAAGACACUACAGCUCCUCAAUGACCUCUCGAUUGGAUACAGCAGUGUUAGGAAACUUGUGAAACUCAGUGCUGUCCAGUUCAUGCUAAACAACCAUACCAGUGAGCACUUUUCUUUCCUGGGUGUGAACAAUCAGGCCAACCUCAGUGACAUGAGAUGUCGGACCACUUUCUACACAGCCUUGGGAAGACUUCUUAUGGUAGAUUUGGGUGAGGAUGAGGACCAGUUUGAACAGUUCAUGCUUCCUCUCACUGCUGCAUUCGAGGCCAUUGCUCAGAUGUUCAGCACCAACACCUUCAAUGAACAAGAAGCAAAAAGGACUUUAGUAGGACUUGUAAGAGAUCUAAGGGGAAUUGCCUUUGCCUUUAAUGCCAAGACCAGCUUUAUGAUGCUCUUUGAUUGGAUUUACCCCUCUUACAUGCCCAUCUUACAGAGGGCAAUAGAGCUCUGGUACCAUGUACCUGCCUGCACCACACCGGUCCUCAAACUCAUGGCUGAGCUAGUCCACAACAGGUCACAGAGAUUACAGUUUGAUGUGUCAUCGCCGAAUGGAAUUCUGCUGUUCAGGGAAACCAGCAAGAUGAUUACAACAUAUGGGAAUCGGAUCCUGACACUGGGUGAGGUGCCAAAAGAUCAGGUGUAUGCACUGAAACUGAAGGGAAUCUCUAUUUGCUUCUCCAUGCUGAAAGCCGUUUUAAGCGGCAACUAUGUCAACUUCGGCGUCUUCCGUCUGUACGGUGAUGAUGCCUUGGACAACGCUCUACAGACCUUUAUUAAGCUUCUCUUGUCCAUCCCUCACAGUGACCUGCUGGACUAUCCAAAGCUUAGUCAGUCUUUCUACUCUCUUCUGGAGGUGCUAACCCAAGACCAUAUGAACUUCAUCGCCAGCCUGGAGCCUCAUGUGGUCAUGUAUAUCCUGUCCUCCAUAUCUGAGGGGCUCACAGCACUUGACACAAUGGUAUGCACUGGAUGCUGCUCAAGCCUGGACCACAUAGUUACUUAUCUAUUCAAGCAGCUGUCCCGCAGCACGAAGAAACGAGCGGCGCCCAUGGCCCAGGAGAGCGACCGCUUCCUUCACAUAAUGCAGCAGCACCCUGAGAUGAUCCAGCAGAUGCUGUCCACAGUGUUGAAUAUCAUCAUUUUUGAAGAUUGUAGGAAUCAGUGGUCAAUGUCACGGCCACUGCUUGGCUUGAUUCUACUCAAUGAGAAGUAUUUUGCAGAUUUGAGGAACAGCAUUGUGAACAGCCAACCACCAGAAAAGCAGCAAGCCAUGCACUUAUGCUUUGAAAAUCUCAUGGAGGGCAUAGAGAGAAACUUGCUGACCAAAAACAGAGACAGGUUUACACAGAAUCUUUCAGUAUUUAGAAGAGAAGUCAAUGACUCCAUGAAGAAUUCCACAUAUGGGGUAAACAGCAACGAUAUGAUGAGCUGACAUUCCGUAGAGCACCAGGCCCCGCCCAUGUGGCCCGGCCCCAGCCCGUACUCCCACCCGCCCCUGGCCUGGCUGCCGGGGGACCACCGCUGCGCAAGCCUGCACCUCCCACUCCCCAGUCCCUGAAAAUACCCCAUUACCUCUCUCCCUUCUCACUUCCUCCCUCCACCCAUUUAUAUAUAUAUAUGUGUAUGUAUAUAUAUGUAU